AUGGGAAAGCCAUUUUCAAAAUCUAUCUCGGGUUAUCAAGAAACAUUUCCACUAACGGAUGAAGAAAAAGAAAUUCUACAUACAAGACAUCAUCUUACAAGAGAAAUGUUUAAAGGAAAUUUUAGCUCUCCAGUACACGAUGUGCUUAAAACAGGAUGGGCUAAAGUCUUGGACGUUGGAUGCGAUGUAGGAACCUGGCUAUUCGAAUUAUCUGCUGACUACCCAGGAUGUACUUACAUCGGCACAUAUACAUCUCCAUAUUCAAGUUUAGAAACCGUUAAUAGGCCUUUUGAUGUUGAAUUUAUAGAAGCAGAUCCUCUUCGUGGUCUACCAUAUGAAGAUGAAACUUUCGAUUUUGUGACUAUGAAAAAUCGUUCGAUCGACUAUAAUGAAGCUGAAUGGCAAAUUAUUAUGAAUGAGCUAGUGAGAGUAUUGAAACCUGGCGGAUGGAUAGAAUUAUCGGAUUAUGACUAUUCCUAUGGAAAAAAAGGACCUACCACCGAAAAAUUGUUGAAUCUAUGUCCAUUUGGUGGUAGAUUGGGUGAAACUUCUGCUCAAGUAGCAAAAGAUACUUUGAAGACUUUUCUACCAAAAUUAGCAAAUUAUUUUGGUGUUAGAAUAGGUGAUAUUGAUUCGAUUAUCAGAACAGUGCUUGAGGAAGCUGAAGAACACCAAAGCGUUGUUAGAUUUCACAGAUUUUUUGCUCAGAAAGAAACUGUGCUGGAUUUAACAUCUUAA